CAGAGGAACUGGAGAGAAGCGACCGACCCUCAGUGGCCGAAGGUGUGGGACCAUGUUGGGAUUAAACGAGGUGGCUCUCCUGCUGUCCGUCGUGGCCUCGGUGGCUCUGGGCCAAGGACCCGUGAGGACCCGCGGCCCGUCAGACAGGACCAGGCGAGCGGCCCUCAACACGUUCACAGACGCGCAGGCAGCAGGCGUGACAGAGUGGACGUCCUGGUUCAACAUCGACCACCCCGGAGGCAACGGAGACUACGAGCGCCUGGAGGCCAUCCGUUUCUACUACAGGGAGAGGGUCUGCACCCGGCCCACCGCCAUGGAGGCCCGCACCACCGACUGGGUGGCGGCGGCGGACACCGGGGAGGUGGUCCACGCCAGUCUGGAGAAAGGCUUCUGGUGCAUCAACAGGGAGCAGGCCCGGGGCCGCGUCUGCUCCAACUACCACGUGCGCUUCCAGUGUCCCCCGGGUAGCAUGCAGAGCUACUGGACCAAUUGGAGCGAGUGGGGCGCCUGCUCGACCACGGCCUGCGACGACGUAGGCAUCAAGCUGCGCCAGAGGGAGUGCGUGAACACCCAGCCCAUGCCCCUCCUGCUGGUGCCGGCGUGCCUCGGGCACCACUCGGAGAGGAGGGAGUGCUCCAACCCGCCGUGCACCGCCAAGUGGGGUCCGUGGGGUCGGUGGGGCGCGUGUUCCGCCACCUGUGGUGUCGGCCGCAGGAUCAGGAGAAGGACCUGCGCGAGGACCUCGGAGACGGUGCGCUGCGCCGGGCGGCCCGCCGAAAUGCAGAAGUGCGGGAAGAGCCCGUGCCCAGCCAAAUGUCAGCUUGUGUGCACGGAGGGCCGCCCCAGCGAGGACUGCAGCCGGUGCACGUGCGACGACCACGUGCUGCAGGGAGACGUCCGCGCGGUGACCGGCGUCCCCGUGGCCGGUGCCCGGGUGGCCCUGGACAGCCAGCCCAAGGUGACCCGCGCCCUCACUGACGCCAACGGUCAGUUCAGGCUCGAGGGCGUCUGCUCCUCCGGCUCCACCUUGAUCUCCAUCCGCAAGGAGAAGUUCGCCCCGCUCACCGUCUCCACCUCCAGUAACGGCACGGCGAGGUCCUUGGUGCGGGCCGUCCUCAGAUCAGCCGAAAAGCCGUACAUUGUGAAGCACCCCGAGGACAAAGUGCGCCAUGAGGGAGGAAGGGCGAUGUUCUGCUGCAAGGCGACGGGAUCGCCAGCACCCGACAAAUACUACUGGUACCACAAUGGAACUCUUCUGGACAGGAAGCAGUACAAGUACGAAGAGGACCUCGUACUUCGGAGCCUGAAGCCGGAGCAGUCGGGGCAGUACUACUGCAAGACCAGCAGCUCUGCAGGCAGCAUCAAGUCCUCUCCGGCCCUCCUCACUGUAAUCGCAAAAGGAAAGCCAGCGUGCAAUUCCACCCCUGAGACGCACCUAAUCAGACUGCCGAUAGACUGCGUUCAACCCGGCACUGACUCCAUGCACUACAACGCCGGCCGCUGCCCUCACAACAAGUGCGCUGGCUCCUUGGACUUCGAUAUGCGCUGCAGGGACGAAGCCGGCUUCUGCUGCGGGGUCCAGGAUACGGAGAGUCGAAUCAUCGACUGCGGCAGCUACAGCCUCCCUAUCCGGGCCGUGACCCAGUGCAGCUGUCAAAAGUGCCCACAGCCCACCGUGCUGGUCCGCGGCAGAGUGGUCACAGCUGACAAUGACGAGCCUCUGCGAUUUGGCCACAUCUACAUCGGCAAAGAGAGGGCGGGCACCACUGGCUACCAAGGAGGGUUCACUUUGCAAAUUCCUCCCGAUACACAGAGAUUAGUGGUCAAUUUUGUUGACCCCACUGAGAGGUUUCUCGACACCCCGAAAGUGUUCAUCCUCGAUAAGAAAGGGGGGUCCAUCUACCACAAUGUGAAGGUGAUGAGAAAGCAGACUCCAAUUGACAUCAAUGCAGGAGAUUCCAACUCUAUCAGCCUUGGGGAAAUAGAAGGCGAAGACCCCAUUGGUCAGUUGGUGAUUCCUCCCAACUCCUUCCACAAGGACAACGGUGAAAUCUACGAAGGAACCGUCAAGGCCAGCGUCACCUUCAUUGACCCGAGAAACAUCACCACGGCGGCAGCGGCACCAGGCGAUCUCAACUUUGUGGACAGCGAGGGAGACAUGCUCCCUCUGAGGACCUAUGGCAUGUUCUCCGUGGACUUCAGGGAUGAGACCAACAAGGAAGUACUCGGAGCUGGAGGUGUUCAAGUUCUGCUCGACACGCAGCACAUCAAAAUGCCAGAGCACAUUCCCAAAAUGAAACUGUGGUCUCUAAACCCAGACACGGGAGUCUGGGAGGAGGAGAGUGACUUUGCCUACACCACAACCGCUGGGGGUCACGGGCGGAGCAAACGAGAGGAACGCACUUUCCUCAUAGGCAACAUGGAGAUCAGAGAACGUAGGCUCUUCAACUUAGACGUGCCUGAAAACAGACGCUGCUACGUCAAAGUGCGAGCCUACAUGAGCGACAAGUUCCUAGCUAGUGAACAGCUGGAGGGCGUGGUGAUCAGCUUGAUAAAUCUGGAACCUAAACCUGGAUUUUCCUCUAACCCUAGGGCAUGGGGCCGCUUUGACAGCGUCUUAACUGGAUCCAACGGGGCCUGUUUACCAGCUUUCUGCGACGCCCAGAGGCCCGAUGCCUACACAGCUUAUGUCACUGCGAUGAUGGGCGGGGAAGAACUUGAGGCAGCUCCCUCCGCCCCCAAGAUGAACCCAAACAUCAUCGGUGUGUCACAGCCUUAUCUGGAUAAGAUAGACUACCAGCGCUCUGACCACGAAGAUCCGGCUCUGAAGAAAACGGCCUUCAAAAUCAACCUGGCAAAGCCGAACCAAAAUAAUAUCGACGAGACAAAUGGGCCGAUAUAUCCGUAUGCGAACUUGAUAGGUUGUGAAAAUGCCCCCGUUGAAGCGAAUCAUUUCAGAUUCUUCCGAGUGGAAAAGGACAAGUAUGAAUACAAUGUCGUUCCCUUUGAGGAGAACGAUUUGACGACCUGGACGGGCGACUACCUCUCCUGGUGGCCUAACCCCCAGGAGUUCAGAGCAUGCUACAUUAAGGUCAAGAUUCACGGACAGAAGGAGGUGAUGGUCAGGUCGAGGAAUCUCGGAGGAACCCACCGAGAAACGAAAGGCCAACUUUAUGGCAUAAGAGACAUCCGCAGCACCCGGGACAUGCGAGAGGUCAACACCUCAGCGGCCUGUUUGGAGUUCAAGUGCAGCGGCAUGUUGUUCGAUCAAGCUGAGGUGGACCGAUCCAUUAUAGCAGUGCUUCCACAGGGAAACUGUCGCAGGACCGGCACCAACAGCCUCCUCCAGGAGUACCUCAUUAAACACCCACCGGUCGCUCAGAACAACGAGUCCCAAGGAUUCACCAUGUUGGCGCCCGUUGAUCCCCUGGGCCACAACUACGGCAUCUACACAGUCACAGACCAGAACCCCAGGGUGGCCAAGGAGAUCGCCAUCGGCCGCUGCUUCGACGGCACCUCGGACGGUUUCUCCAGGGAAAUGAAGACGGACUCCGGUGUGGCGCUGACCUUCAGCUGUCCGGAGAGGCAAAUCAACAGGGAAAGCCUUUUCCAACGGCUGCAGACCAACCCGGCUCAGACGCUGUCGCAGAUGGCGAGGAGCAUGAGGGAGUCGGAGGGUAUGCAGGCGCAGGGCUUGCCCACCCGGACGAUGGCCUACCCUUUAGAGCAGCAGGGCCGAACCCAGAGUCGAAGAGUUGCCCCUGCGACCAGACGGAGAGCGCCCGUGCGCACACCGCAGCGGCAAUAGAUCCUCCAAGCUCUUCCGUCAAGACCGAUGACGAUGCCUUUGAAUCAAGGGAAUAAAAGUUGCCCGUCUGUUGAGGAGUCUGAACUCCCUCUUGACUAUCGAAACCACGAAACGGAGGCAGAUGCCAAUUCAGCAAAAGAGUGGUUGAAAAUAAUCAUUAGACUUACUUGAAGGGUUCGGUAUAUUCAUUUCUUCCUUUCUUCCGAAAAGACAUGCGUCAUUUGACUGCGUGUACUACGGUCACCGGCGUUUACCUAAUUAACUUUGGUCUAAUUGUAUGUAUGAAUAGACUAAAUUAACAUUUCAGGAUGUGACUUUGAAAGUUACGACUUGGUGGCAUUUCACUCCCCCCACAGAACCCAAACCCCUGCCCAAUGUUUUUUUUUUUUUUUUU